CUACAUGGUUUUUCUGCUUUGUCACACCUAAUUUUGUUAUUGAUUCUACUCAUGUGUUGGGCUUGCAAGAGACAAACAGUGUCCCCAAUUGAAAAUUCAAAACCAAUGUUGAAGAACACAUACUUGUUGUACUAUCGGUCAGCCUUUAUAUCUUGCAUGAGUCUGUCUUUUUGUGAUCUUCUCCUAUGCCUAUUAAACUUUCUCUUUACAUAUAGACACAAUUGGUCUGAUCUAAAGUUUGUUGCUCAACUUGAUUUUGCACUCAGAACACUCACUUGGUUUGUGAUCUCUGCUUACUUGCACAUCCAGUUUUCUCACUCAAGUGAGCAUAGGUUCCCCAUUCUUCUAAGGAUUUGGUGGACCUUCUACUUCCUAAUGUCUUGUUCCUUGCUUAUUAUACAUAUUGGUUUGUAUUGGAAACAUUCGUCCUUACCAUUCUUGCUAUGGAUCUCUGAUGUUGUAUCCAUUUUUGCUGGUUUGUUCUUUUGUUAUGUUGGUUUGUCUGGAAAUGGGCAAGAAGAUAAAGAUUCCGAUCUUUUGGAUCCACUUCUGACAAUUAGUUCCAAUCAAAACGAUGGUGAUAAGAAAAACAGAUCAAGUGUCAAUGGAGAGAUUGUCACUCCAUAUGCAAAUUCUAAUCUUUUUAGUAUUUUUACUUUUGCUUGGAUGGGCCCUUUGCUUGCACUUGGAAAGAAAAAAACAUUGGACCUUGAGGAUGUCCCUCAGCUUGCCAAUUGUGAUUGUGCCAGUGUAGUAUUUGAUUGUUUUAAGAAUAAUCUUGAAUCUGAUGAUAAUGGAAUUGAUGAUGGUGGUGAGGUAAGCACACUCAAACUGGUCAAGGCGUUGAUUUUCUCAAUAUGGAAAGAAAUUCUAUGGACAACUCUUUUUUCCAUUGUAUGUAUGUUGGCUUCUUAUGUUGGACCAUACCUUAUUGACGCCUUUGUUGAGUGUCUCAAUAGUCCUGACCAACUAAAGUACAAGGGCUAUUUGCUAGUGUUUAUUUUCUUUCUUUCAAAGCUCAUAAGGUUCCUGUCAGAGAGGCACUUGUUCUUUCAAUUGCGAAAGAUGUCAAUUAGGGUCCGUGUUGCCUUAUCUGCAAUAAUUUAUAAUAAGGUUCUCAGGCUUUCAAUCCAAUCAAAGCAGGGACACAAUAAUGGGGAGAACAUUAAUUUAAUGAGUGUUGAUGUUGAGAGGAUUGCCCUUUUCAGUUGGUAUUUGAAUGAUAUAUGGAGGGUGCCUACUGAGAUUGUUCUAGCAUUGUUGAUCUUAUACUUGAGACUUGGGCUUGCUUCACUUAUAGCAUUUUUUGCCACAAUAAUUUUGAUGUUAGCAAAUUUUCCACUAGGAAAACUACAGGGAAAAUUUCAAGAGGAAUUGAUGGAUUCAAAGGAUCGUAGAAUGAAGGUGACAUCUGAGGCUUUGAGGAAUAUGAGGACCCUCAAGCUCCAAGGCUGGGAGAUGAAGUUCUUGGCUAAGAUUAUUGAACUUAGAAACUCUGAAACAAAAUGGAUAAAGAAAUUACUUUAUACAUCAGCUAUGACUGCCUUUUUCUACUUGUCGGCUCCCAUGUUUGUAUCAGUAAUUACUUUUGGGUUCUGUGUACUUAUGGAAAUUCCUUUGGAUUCGGGGAAGAUUCUAACUGCACUUGCAAUAGUUGAGAUAUUGAAAUCACCCAUUUAUAAUCUCCCAGACACAAUAUCUAUGGUAGUUCAGACUAAAGUUUCCCUUGACAGGAUAGCCUCAUUCCUUCGUCUUGAUGAUCUUCAUCCGAGUACAGUACAAAAGCUUCCAAAAGAUGAUUCUGAGGUUGCAGUUGAGAUAAUCAAAGGGAAUUUCACUUGGGACCUUCAUUCCCCUAAUCUUACAUUGAAAGAUCUUAAUUUUCGGGUGUACCACGGUAUGCGAGUGGCUAUUUGUGGUUCUGUUGGGUCAGGUAAAUCAAGCCUACUUUUAUCCAUAUUGGGGGAAGUGUCAAAAGUAUCUGGAGCCGCUAAGUUGAACGGGACGAAGGCCUAUGUUUCACAAUCACCUUGGAUACAGAGUGGAAAGAUAGUAGACAAUAUAUUAUUUGGUAAGGAGAUGAACAAGGAAAGAUAUGAUAUGAUCCUUGAAGCAUGUUCAUUGAAGAAAGACCUAGAAUUGUUUGCCUAUGGGGAUCAGACUAUCAUAGGGGACAGGGGGAUCAAUCUAAGUGGUGGGCAAAAGCAAAGAAUCCAGAUUGCACGUGCUUUAUAUCAUGAUGCUGAUAUUUAUCUUCUAGAUGAUCCUUUUAGUGCUGUGGAUGCUCAGACAGGAAAUCAUCUAUUUAAGGAGUGUUUAUUGGGAAUUUUAAGUUCAAAAACAAUAAUUUAUGUUACUCACCAAGUUGAGUUUUUAACUUCUGCUGAUCUUAUCCUGGUUAUGAGAGAUGGAAGGAUUACUCAAAUAGGAAAGCACAAAGAUAUUCUUAGUUCAGGAACUGACUUUAUGGAAUUAGUAGGUGCACAUAAGAAAGCUUUGGCAGAUCUUAAUUCUGUCAAAUGUGAAGUUGCUUUGGAUAAUUUAAGUAAUAGUGAAGAAGAUGGUAAUAUGCUAUAUAAGGAGAUACAUAUACAAGAUGAUGAGGAAAAUGAACCAAAAAAUUACAAAGUAGAAAAAGUGGUUGGUCCAGAAGGACAGCUUGUUCAAGAAGAAAAGAGAGAAAAUGGUGGAGUUAGUCUUUCUACCUACUGGACGUAUAUUACUGCCGCAUAUAAUGGAGCUUUUGUACCAUUAAUAUUGCUAGCACAAGUUCUUUUUGAGCUUCUUUUAAUAGUUAGUAGUUAUUGGGUGGUGUUGUCUACUCCUAUUUCAAAGGAUGUGAAACCUCAUGUUAGAGGAUCUACUCUCAUCUGUGUUUAUGGUGCUUUGACCAUUGGAAGCUCUCUUUGUGCAGUUACAAGGUCUAUGCUCAUUGUAACAGUUGGAUACAAAACAGCUACUUUGCUCUUCAACAAAAUGCAUUUGUGCAUUUUUCGCUCUCCUAUGUCAUUUUUUGAUUCUACUCCAAGCGGAAGAAUUUUUAACCGGGCAUCCAUAGAUCAAAGUGCAAUUGAUACUUCUAUUCCACGUCAAAUUGAAGAACUCCUUAUCUCAGUCAUAGGAAUCCUAGGAAAUAGUGCAAUAAUGUCAUAUGUUGCAUGGCAAAUGUUAAUAAUUUUUAUGCCAAUGGUGUUGGCAUGCAUUUGGUAUCAGCAAUACUACAUAUCGACAUCACGAGAACUGUCUCGGAUGUUCGGGGUAUGCCAGGCGCCAAUUAUACAACAUUUUACUGAAUCUAGUUUAGGUUUAACCACAAUCAGGUGCUUCAACCAAGAAAAGAGAUUUAUGGACACUAACCUCAAGCUGGUGGAUGGGUAUUCUCGACCCAUAUUUCAUUUCUCAGGUGCAGUGGAGUGGGUUUUCUUUCGAAUGGAUAUGUUGGCAUCCAUCACAUAUGCCACUUUUUUAGUUUUCUUGAUCUCAGUGCCAAAUGAAGUAGUCAGUCCUGCUGCUGUGGGCUUAGCAGUCACAUUUGGGCUUGGUUUCAGUAUGCAAGGGGUCGUAUGGGAUCUUAGCAUUCUUGAGAAUAAAAUGAUAUCUGUUGAGAGAAUACUUCAAUACUCCUCUAUCCCUAGUGAACCCCUUCUAUUGAUAGAAGAAAAUAGACCAAAUCAUGAAUGGCCAUCACAAGGGCAAGUUGAUAUAGUUGAUCUGCAAGUCCGUUAUGCCCUACACCUUCCUCUUGUCUUACAAAACAUCACAUGCACUUUUCCUGGAGGGAUGAAAAUUGGCAUUGUUGGGAGAACUGGAAGUGGUAAAUCAACUCUUGUGCAAGCUCUCUUUCGCAUGCUUGAACCUGUAGUCGGUCAGAUUCGGAUUGAUGGUAUCAAUAUCUCUAAGAUUGGCCUCUAUGACUUGCGCUCAAAAUUGAGCAUCAUACCACAAGACCCAACAAUGUUUGAAGGGACUCUAAGAACCAAUCUUGACCCACUUGAAGAGUACACUGAUGAACAGAUAUGGGAGGCUUUAGACAAAUGCCAACUUGGUGACAAAGUUAGAAAGAAGGAAGGAAAGCUUAAUUCUGCAGUGACUGAGAAUGGAGAGAAUUGGAGCAUGGGUCAAAGGCAACUAGUCUGUUUAGGUCGGGUAAUACUCAAAAGGAGCAAAGUAUUAGUACUCGAUGAAGCUACAGCAGCAGUGGAUACUGCAACUGACUAUUUAAUUCAGCAAACACUUAGGCAACACUUCUCAGGGUCUACUAUCAUCACAAUCGCACAUAGGAUAACAUCAAUUCUUGACAUCGAUAGGGUCCUCCUCCUUGAUAAUGGCCGUGUACUAGAAUAUGAUUCCCCAACCAAAUUGUUAGAGAAUGAGUCCUCGUCAUUUACAAAGCUUCUUGGAGAGUAUAAUAGAAGAU